UGGGGUGGAUAUAAGUGAGUGGCGAGUCCGCCAUCUUGGCAACGAUCUUCCUUCGCACCGGGCGGCAUUUCGCGCGCGAUUUGUUGACAAAAGCUCACAUAAUUCUGUCCCACGUACAGAGUAGAAGUGAACAAAAUUACUAUUUGUCGGUGGGAAUACAUAAUAUCUAUUUUUUCUCGUCGAAUUCUGACCGGGCACAAAUUAAGUCAGUCAGAGUUCAAGCCAGAGCCCGAUCGGUGAACGAGGACGAGGACGUCCGACGUGGGACCACGGGGUGGGGGGUGCCGGACCCGGAGAGUUGCGUGACGACGGUUGACGGCAGAGCGAGGGGCAGUUGGGUGUCGGUGUCUGUUUCUUGCUGAAAUGAAAAUGGCGUUCGUCUGUUGAGCGGAGCGGGCCGCCGCUAAAGAUGCUCGCGGUACUAACGGGCACGUGAAAAUAGUGAGUACGUUGAACUGGACGAUAUACUGUGGUGUAAAUAAUUGUUUGUGCCGUGAGUCGUAUCAGGUUAUUUAUUAAACGUCAGUGAUGGACAUAAGACGGCGUAAGAAGUUACGAUGAAGUGACGAAGACUGCGGCUACGACGACGAGAACGGAGGUGCGUCUCAGUGUCGGCUAAAGUACAGUAAAAACCAGUUGCGCGGCAGUGCAUUUGUGACGGAGAGCGCCGAUGCCGGCCGAAUACUACGAAGAUUUCAAAACAAAUUUCCAAAUCCAAAGGGCGUUGCACAUUGAUCCUCAAGACUCAAGCAACAUGACCGCAAACAUGUAUCGGGUGGGAGAUUACGUGUACUUUGAGACGUCCUCGACAUCACCCUAUCAGAUUCGCAGGAUAGAAGAAUUGAACAAGACAGCCAGUGGAAAUGUCGAAGCAAAAGUAAUGUGUUUCUUCAGGCGGCGAGAUCUGCCUUCUACUCUGAUCAUGCUAGCUGAUAAGCAUCAAUUGGCAAGCGUGGAGCAGCAGAGGUCAGAUUCACCCGCGAUCACGCAGAUUCAAAAACUAGAGAAUCCAGACUCGACUAAGGAGUUGACCGGUAAGGACACUAUUGGGAUCGGCCCCAAAACUAUGGUCAAAGGGGGAGGUAAAGGUGGCUGGUUGAAGGCCCCACUUUCGGAGGCACAGGAGCCACACGGCGUAGACGAAGGAGCAAUGGGAAGUGGAGGUGUAGGUGAUUUGAGCGUCAAACAGAGACACCAGAUGAAACAUCGCGAGUUGUUUCUAUCACGGCAAGUGGAGACUAUGCCUGCUACUCACAUAAGGGGCAAGUGCUGCGUCACUUUGCUCAACGAGACCGAGUCCCUGCUGAGCUACCUCAACAAAGAGGACUCUUUUUUUUACUGCCUCGUGUUCGACCCGGCCCAGCGAACAUUACUAGCUGACAAAGGGGAAAUCAGAGUCGGCAGUCGGUAUCAGGCCGACGGUAUUGCCCCCGUUCCCCUGACUUUGUCGGAAAGAGAGAUGGAUACCCGGAGACUCCAAGACCUCGAAUCAUUGGUAUGGACUCCACGCCACACUCUCACAGAUCGCCAGAUAGACCAAUUCCUAGUAGUCAGCCGUUCCGUUGGCACGUUUGCACGAGCUCUAGAUUGCUCGUCUUCGGUCAAGCAACCUUCUCUCCACAUGUCCGCCGCUGCUGCAUCCAGAGAUAUAACUCUCUUUCACGCAAUGGAUACCCUGCAUCGGCACAACUACGAUGUAGCCAGAGCUAUGUCAUCUCUGGUACCAAGUUCGGGACCGGUAUUGUGCAGAGAUGAAAUGGAGGAGUGGAGUGCGUCCGAAGCGAAUCUCUUCGAAGAGGCCCUCGACAAAUAUGGCAAAGACUUUUCCGACAUUCGCCAGGAUUUUCUACCUUGGAAAACGUUGAAAAACGUCAUCGAAUACUAUUACAUGUGGAAGACAACGGAUCGCUACGUCCAACAGAAGCGAGUGAAAGCUGUGGAGGCCGAGAGUAAAUUGAAACAAGUGUACAUCCCAAAUUAUAACAAACCAUCCGGUAAUUCGGGAGCACCUUCGACAGCGACGGUGAUACCCUUGGGGAACAACAACAACAACAGCAACGGAAAAUUGCCGAACGUAUUGAACGGCAGUAGCAGCAACGGAAACGUGACAACGGACGUCGGGUCUUUAUUGGCUUCCGGUGUUGGCGGUAGCAAGGCCUGCGAGAGCUGUCAGGGUAUGCAGAGCGGUCAGUGGUACGCAUGGGGCCCGUCCCACAUGCAGUGCAGAUUGUGCCAGUCCUGUUGGACUUACUGGAAGAAAUACGGCGGGCUGAAGGUACCUUCGCGCAUAGACGACGUGGACUUGGACAGAAAGAGAGGAGGCUCGACCAGCGGAGGUGCCGGGGGCGGCGCUUCCGACGAGGAGAGCAGGACUCCGGGUGGCGCGCACAGACCGCACCGAUGCAGCAUCCCUUCCUGCGGGAAAGAGUUCAAAUUGAAGGCCCACCUGAGCCGCCACUACGCCAGUGCCCACGGCGUGGACCUUCGGGGGAGCGCUGUCGGAGGUGUGGGAGGCGUGGGCGGGAGCGGCGGAGGAGGGGGAGGCGGUUCGCCGCGUCCCGUCAUGAAAACCCGUUCCGCCUUUUAUCUGAGGACGUCCGCCCUGGCUCGGGCCGCCCGCAGACUGUGCGCCGCUCAGCUUCGGACUCGACACGCGGCUCGAGCUCCCCAUCAGCCGGUGAACGCCAUGCCCCUCAGACAUCUCUGCGCCUCGCCGCAGCUCGCCACAAAAACACCUCGCGAAUUGCAGAUCCUCGCGCGAGCGACGCGACCCCGGCCACGUCCGCGCGUCACUGACAUCGCCACGAGACUCGGCGACCACCCGUCUCCACGUCAACCCGGAGACUGGGACUGGCUCACACUCACCCUACCUGCACAGAGGAAGCAACCGGAUCGCGUAUUUUUUCCACGACCUCCCAAGGCGCCAGAUGGUAGUCUGCUCUACGAAAGGGUUCCCAACAAACCGGAGGCCGAGAGGCUGCCCCUGACGCCUCCUCAGACCCAAACGUCGUCACUACAGACCUCGCAGACGAUCCUGAAGCGUUCGCGGCCGCCGUUCGACGAGGUCAACGGAUCUGAUGGCCUUUACUCGGAUCUGGACUGGGACGAAGGAAUAGCUAUAAACGCUGGACUUCCCGGGGGACCUCCGGCGAAAAGAGCCCAUCACUCGCAGCAGUUGCACCCUAAGAGUACCUUGGAGCAUUCGACUCCCGCGGCGAUGCCUCUGCCGCCCCCUUUAAACGGAAGAGCACCGCCUCAUCCGCCUAAUCAUCCUCACGGAGCGCAGCAACCGAUAUCGCGAAGCAAUGCGCGGAAGCAAGUUAUUUCAUGGAUGGACGCACCCGACGAUGUCUACUUUCGGGCCUCGGAUCAGGCCAAGAGAGUUAGGAGAACGCUAUCUUCGGUAGAGCUUCGACGAGCUGCUCGAAAGCCAUGGCGGAGAUUGCCGACCCCCCAGCACCCGCCACAACCGAUUCAUAGGGCGCAACGGGGCGAGGAUAUGGUCGUCAUUCUCGAUUGAAUAUGAUUACGAUUAUGAUUAUGAUAACGAUAAUAAUAAUAAUAAUAAUAAUAAUGUUGGAUGCACCAAAUUGAGCUCACCGACGACCGAGUAUAACGACGACCUCGACUUGAUUCAACGUUAAUACCAGGCAAAAAAAUACCCAAAGCCGACGGGGGCUGUAUCUUUUAUUUCAUUUGGGUUCGAUCGAUAUCGAUACUAGCUCAGCUCUCUUCUAUCGCAAACGGUGAACGAUCCAUUUGAUAAAUUCAGUUAGUUUUUAAUUCACACGGAAAUAACUACGUCAUUAAAUACUUGAAAAUUCUCAACUUUUCCCAGCCUGCUCCACCCUCGGAUCUAGCCAAGGAAUUGUUGUUGUUGUUGUUGUUGUUGUUGUUAUUUCCACUAUUAUUAUUAUCAUUGUCAUUGUUAUUAAUAUCAUUUGAUCGGUCAAUGCACGGUUGUAUCGUUGAUGAAUCCGCAGUCAUCGACAAUGGUGGAACCGCACUGGUAUUAACCGUUGAUGAAGAGAAAUACUUAACAAAAAUGCGAGACAUUCGUCGUGAUUUUCUAUUUGUAUUAAUUAAGUAUCGUUGUUAUUGAUAAUAAUGAUUAUUAUUAUUAUUAAAUGUACAUAUACAUGUCACUAAACGAAUAGGCAGACUUGACCGGACUCGACCGAUAACGUACAUAGACACAUACGUGAAGACAGACAGGAAAUUGGAACAGUUGUUGGAGAUCCGUAGAAUAAAUCAACGGAUCACCUUCGAACAUAUUCCCGGAGAAAUAUACAGUUUACAAGGCAUUAACCGAAAUAAUUAAUUGAAAAUUACGCUAGCCUUCAAUGCUGGUGUGAUUAAGACCGUGCGCUUGUUUUAUGUGCUCGGGGACAGAAUAUGCCUGAUAAGAUUACCAUUACACUGUAUGCGAAAAGAACGAAUGCGAGUGAGAGAGGAAGAAUGCUAAUUGUGAAUAUUUUUAUUAAAUUUUCAAGUUUGAUGACGUCCGUCGCAAAAAUUAACAAAUAAAUACACUUAAGGAUGA